AUGACCAAUAUGAACACCAUAGAGGAGCUACUACGAGAGCAGCUAGAUACAAUCAAGCAGAGGCUUAUACUCAGCGAGGAUGAGAGGGAUGCUGCGAAGCACAGGGCGGAUACACUUGAAGGCACGUUGGCUCGAGAGAGGGACAAGUCGGAGGCGACGAUAGAGCAGUUGCGGCAACUGCUGUUCCAGAAGGAUGAUGGUGGGGUUCUUGCUCGGGGUGGAGCUCUACUUACAGCGAAGGGGUCUCUCCUAGACGCCUCGACCCUGCAGAGAGAGGGAAUUGUAUUGAGCCCCUCCACUGAGCAUUCUGAUGGCAACUCGACGGGGGACCAAGUUCUGUUGGAGAGAGCGUCGGUGUCGAUGCAGCACUAUCAUGCUGAAAAACUGGAACAUAGUCGGCGGAGCGAAGCAGCUCUACUGGUCCUCCAAAGCAAGGACGAGACGAUCGCUAAACUGAAGGAAGAGAAGGAGGCCAUGGUUGCUGAUAAAGUGAAGUGGGAUGAGGAGAAAGCGUCAUUGACUGAAGAGAAAGUUGCCAUGCAGACUAGGUUCGAGUCGCUGCUCACAGAGUCUGCUCGUCUGCAGUCUGAGGUUCGUCGCUUACAAGCACUGAACGAUGCGGCCGCUACAGAGUUCGAAGUUGUUCGAAAUGCGGAGGUAUCGUCCCGGGAAGAGUUGAAAAGCAGUCGCCAGGAAGUGACCACUUUGCGAGCGGAGAUGACGGCUGAAAAGAAGAGGCGGCUCGCCGUCGAGACGGUUGGGAUGCAGACAGAAGAGGACUCGAGGGAAGACCUAUUGAAGGAAAAGGAGGCAUUGAUGGGAGAAGUGGAGAGGCUCGCCGAGGAACUGGAGUGUGCAAAGCAGCUGGCUACAGAGCUCGAGAGCCGCGAGUUGCAGUUCCUCCGGGAACAGCAGCAGCAGCAGAAGGAUACGGGACCCACUGUGUGUGUAGAUCACCAAGCAGCUGCGCAUGAACUGAGGAGACAACUGGCUGAGGCCGGCGUUGACAUGCAGCGUUGUAAGUUCGCGGAGAAGGAGGCUCUACGACAGCGCGAUGAGGCUAUAGAGGAACUGCAGGCCGAGCUGGAUCGGAAGAAUCCACCGCAGUCUACUAGAGAAGCGCAGACUCCUGAGGAGCUUGAAAUUACCUGGCCAGUGAAGGAGUUCCUCCGCGGAUUUGAUCGGGUUGAGAACAGCAAGCUUGUAGCAGAGCUCCGGAGACAGCUGCAUGCGGCCGAGCAGGGAAGAUACGAUACUUUGGUACAGUGGCAGACAGAGAUGAAAGCAAUGACGGCUCGGGCACAUUCAGCAGAGGAGGAAGCGAGGCGGCUGGCUGCGGCAUGUGAAGAACGCCAGGCUUGUGUAGCCCAGCUGGAGGAGAGAUGUGCUGACCUGGAGGGGGCUCAACGAGGCAUAGGUGAGGAGCGUGAGCGGCUGAUAAGGAGGCUGCAUGAGGUGUAUGAGGAAUGGAGGUUGGCACAGGAGAAGUGGGAAGGGGAGAGGACGACGUUGGAGGGGAGGAAGGAGGAGUUGGAGGGGCGGCUGGAGCAGAGACAAGUUGAAGUGGAAGAAGUUAAGAGAAGUUUGUCGGCUAUUACGGAGGAGGGAGCGUCGCAGGGAGACGAGGCGUCGCUUGUGAGACGAGUUGAACAGCUGACGGCUAAAGUGCUGACUCUAGUCCGCUUCGAGUACGACGCUAGAGUUCGAGCUCAGCGGCUGGCCAUUGCCUUGGAUGCUUCAGAGAGGAGAGGGCGACGGCUCCAAGACGCCCUCACUCGGGUCCAGGGUCAGUUGAAGGCAUCGGAGAAGCAAAGGGCGGCGAGUUUGCAGCACGUGAAGGGAACUCAAAUUAGCAGUGUUGCUGAGGAAGUAGCGAUGGGUAAAUACGAUCCGAGGCUGGCUACAGUAGAGGAGGCUAAUGAGAGGUUGAAGGUUCAUAUGGCUGAGGCUACUCGCCUACACAAGAGCCAAGUUGAGCGGUUGUUGGCCCAGAUAGGAUCAUUCGAGAAGAGUCUGCAGGCUAUAUCACAGGGUCUUCCUGAAGUACACCUCAACAUCAAUGGGGAUCUACUGACCCUCAUCCCUCAGUUCACACCACCCGCAGCACUGGAAGAGGUACUUGACAAGGUACGGAAGAAAGUACCUGAGGAUGGUUUCGACGUGGGAGAGCUGCUAGUGGCUACCGCAGAGAGGUUGUGGAUAGAGGAGGCUAAGGGCCAGCGUUUGCAGGCUCUUCUUGAGGGGUAA